AUGGACUCUCUGCAGGACUGGAAGGCUUUGCUGUCUCGCACCAAGCUGCCUCCGCGGGAGCUGGGUGCCUGGCUGCAUGUGACGCUGAUGAGAUGUCGUGACGUGGGCCGAAUUCUGUCCAACGAGACGGAGCGAGCAGACUUUGAGUACAACUUCCAGGUUGCCUCCGAACAUUCUUUUACGGCUUGUGCGCAGCAACAGGAGGAUCGGAAGAAAAUGGAUGUUGGCACUGACUACACGGCAGCAGCAUGUAUGGCCUUGGGUGAGAAAGCUUGGCGCGAGCUGGGCGACAACUGGGAGAAGGGUCUCUACGAGACUGUGGAAACGGCAUUGCCGUGCAUUCUGUGGAACGGUCGCCAGCCUGCCGGUCUAGCGGAUUUUGAGCGGAGCUUCAUGUCUUGUAACGAGAACGCUGUCAGCCGGCCAGUUUUGUCCGUGAUGCUCAAGGAGCAGAGGCGCCUCACAGCGCUCAAGGCUCUUCCGGCGGUGCUGGCCUGGCAUGCGGUCCUUUUCGAGGCCUUCGAAGACUACGGCCUCCUUCGAGAGGAGGCGCGGCAGCUCACCAAUUCUGAAGCCAUUGCAAGGCUUCCGGAGCACCGCCGGGCCCAUGCCGAAGAGUCUCUCAACGAGUUCUGCCGCUGCUUCAACGUGGCUUUCCCGCUGGUUGAGCGUCUCUUCGAGUGCGAGGCCAAUCCGUUCCUGCAGCAGGGCAAAGUUAACCUGCCAGGGCCAAUGACACCUGAGACACCUGUGAUAUUCUCCUUACCCUAUGUGGCACCAUCCGGCGAAACAGAGGCAUCCACCCUCUGCACAGUGCAGCUUGCCAACGUCUUGCAAACCGCCCAGAACGACUUGGUCGAGGCAGUCGAGGUAGCCCUCGGCAUCCAGGCGGAAAACACCCCGGCGCUGUCGGUCAGCGCGGCCACGGAGCCCAAAGUUGUGGCUUCCUUGUUGGCAUCGCUGGAUCUUCGCUCUGACUUGCUGCCACUGUUGCACCAGAGCCGGAAAGACAGCAAUGCCUCCGCGGCAUACGACCUGGAUCAACUCGACGAAGCACUGACGCAGCAUUUCCGCGGAGCUGUCCGUAUCCAGGUUCAGCUGCGCCACUAUCGCUUUGGCGGAGAGUUGAAGGACUCGGGCCGUCUGGCAAUUCUUCGGCAACGGCUUCCGCAGCAGCCUUUGCCCUUCGGAAUGGUGGAGGAGCUGCGGCGAGAGCUGGAGCGACGGGGCGAUGCUGAUGAGGCGACGCUGCUUCUGCGUGCACUCGUGGAGGAUGUCAUAAACCUUUGUCUUUCUCUGGGUGCUCUCGGCAAAGCUGGCCGUGCUACAGUUCAUGCAGAAACACCACUUGCAGAGUUGGUCGAUGCUUCGGCAGACGGGGCGAAGCUGCCUCAGGCUCUCCACAGCCGAGCUCGGCUUUGUCACUUGCAAGAUCUGUACAUGGAGCUGGUGGCAUCCAACCAUGCUGCUGACUCUCUAGCUGCGGUUGCACUGGCAUACCAGGAGCCUCUGGAGCCAGCAGCAGCCUCCGCCUUGGCCGCAUCUGCGACGGAGUUGGCGGAGUGGCGGCCGGUGUUGCAUGACCUCCUUGCCGAGCAGCUUAUUGUCGACCGCUGGCCAGCAGGCUCCUCGUUGAAGGAGUUCUUGGAGUUCGCUGCGGGCGAGCCUCCUCCCGACUGCUUCCCGGAGUCCUUGGAACUUCGGCAUGCCCUCGCAGUUUAUCGUUCGCUGGCGGCUGCGCUGGCAAGUUAG